CACCGCUGCAGCAAUGCAAGUCACCAGUCUUUGAUGUGGCAACCAACCCAUUCAGCAACAACCGCCAGUCAAGCAAGCAAGCAAGGAAAGCAACGCAAGUGCACCAGCAGUCGCAUUUUCCACACCCAAGCACAUCAACCAGGCAACCAGGGAAGCAAGCAAGGAGAAGGCAGCCAGCCAAGUUUGACUGACUGAAGAGCCGCAAGAGAAGACCACGCAAUAAUGGCUGAAGAACAACGGCGUCCUGUGGUGACGGUGUGCGGCGGUGGCAACGCUGCCCACGUCGCUGUUGGCAUGUUCACCACCCAAGGCGCGGAUGUCAACCUCUUCUUCUCGUUUGAGGAGGAAGCGCGGAAGUUCCGCAAAGGCUGCGAGAGGACCGGCGGCGUCACCGUCAACACAAAGGACGGCUCGUACAAAGCAAUGCCCAAGGCCAUCUCCAAUGACCCUGCAGAGGUGAUCCCAGACUCGGAUCUCAUCCUGCUCAUCACGCCUGCGUUUGCCCACGAGCCCAUCCUCAAGGAAAUCGCCCCGCACCUGCACGACGGGGCGUUUGUGGGCGCCAUCCCCGGGCCCGGUGGCUUCAACAUGCUGGCAAAGCACGUGCUGGGCGACCUCAUGCAGAAGAAGAAUGUGACGCUGUUUGGUGCGGGCGCGCUGCCGUGGGUGUGCCGCUUCACGGAGUAUGGCUCAUCUGUGGACCUUCAGAGCGAAAAGGCCAACAUCUUCGUCUCCUACGAGCCGCACACGGAAAAAACCUGGAAGCGCCUGGGCCCGCUGCUGAACCAGCUGCACAAGAACACGACGUUUCUUUCGGACGGGCACUUCCUGACCAUCACCAUGUGGUGCACAAACGCUGUCAUCCACCCCGCCAUCACGUACGGCAUCUGGCGCGACUGGGACGGCAAACCCGUGGCCGAGCAGCCGCUCUUCUACCAGAACUGCGACGAGUUCACGGGCAACGUCCUCCAGACCAUUUCCGACGAAGUGAAGGCGUGUCGGGAUGUGAUUGUGUCUCGCACGGAUGCAGAUUUGUCGCAGUGGCAGCCAAUUGAUGAGUACACCAUCGAUGCAUACGGUGACAACGUCAAGGACAGGAGCUCAACCGCCCGCAUCUUUGCCAGCAACUUUGCGUAUCGUGGGCUCAAGGCGCCGUGCAAGCAGUUGGACGAUGGCACCUUCAUGCCAAACUUCCACACUCGCUACCUCACUGACGAUCUGCCACACGGGCUGUGCGUGAUGCGCGGCAUUGCCGAUAUCUGCGGUGUCAAGACACCAAUGAUGGACAAGGUCAUCCUGUGGGCACAGGAGAAGAUUGGCCACGAGUACAUUGUGGAUGGAAAGCUACAAGGCAAGGACGUAGCCCACUCCGGCUGCCCACAGCGGUUUGGCAUCAAGACCGUGGAGGAGCUGGUCGCCUUCUGAACGUUCUCCUUCCAAUAUUUUUUGUUGGGGGUUAGUUUUGCCUGUGUUAUGUUUUUCAAACGAAAUUGUCACACGUUGGUUAUGUGUGCGUGCGUGUGUGUGCGUGAGUGGAAGAGAUAGUGUGUGUGUGUGUGUGUGUGUGUGUGUAUGUCCGUACUGGCGAACGUGGUCACAGCGCAUCAUCCAUGCUUUGAUUACACGCUUUGAUUGAAGGUGCGAGUGUUGUGACAUAUAAGUUGCUUUUUACCCUUCCUUUCGUACUUACAAAGCGAACAACAGCGAA